AUGGCGGAGGUAAAGAGGAAAGCUAAUUUAUUGACGAUCUUCAUACUCUCUCGUGGAAAGUGUGGCCUCUCCUCCUGCAUCAUUCGAUAUCUAAAGUCCAUGGCAAUAGCAGAUCUACUGGUCCUGUUAUUCAAUAUAAUCCUGUAUGAACUCAAUGAAACAUAUUUCCCAAAUUCGUUUCUAAACUUCACGACAAUUUGCAGCCUGAAGCACAUUCUUGGUUUUGCAGCAAUUGAUUGUUCUGUCUGGUUAACUGUUUCUUUCACUUGUGAUCGAUUUAUAGCCAUUUGCUGCCAGAGGUUAAGAGUUAAAUAUUGCACUGAAACAAUGGCUUCCAUCAUUGUAGCAAUUGUGUGCAUGUUGAGUAUUUUAGAAAAUAUUCCGGUAUUCUUUGUAUUUGAACCUGGGAAAAUAGUUAAUGGUGUAUGGUGGUACUGUACAUUGAAAUCAAGUUUCUAUACUUUACAUGCAUGGGUGACAUAUUCCUGGAUGGACAGUAUUUUAACCCCAUUCAUACCCUUUUUUUUGAUACUUAUCUUUAAUGCUUUGACAAUUAGGCAUAUAUUAAUGGCCAAAAAAAUUCGAAAGGGCCUGCGAGGGAAAAAGCAUGAUGAACACCAAAAUGAUUCAGAGGAUCAGAACCGAAGAAAAUCAAUCAUUUUGCUUGUUACUAUAUCAGCAAGCUUCGUACUGCUUUGGAUAAUAGCCACUAUUCAUUAUAUAUGCGUAAAAUUCACCGAUGCUCAACAUUUUUACAAAGACUACAGUCACUCUCUUGUCGUGAUGCAACAGAUUGGAUAUAUGCUGCAGCUUCUCAGCCCAUGCACAAAUACAUUUAUUUAUGCAGUUGCACAAACAAAAUUCAGAACAGAGUUAAUAUUUCUAUUCAAAUAUGCUUUGUUCUUAAUUCCAAUAUUUAUUAAAUACGUACAAUCAUAA